AUUUCACAAAGCUCUCUUUAUCUCCAUCUUCACUCCAUCAAGUCUUUAUCCUUACAAGUUUCUUCCUCUCCUGUCUUCUUGGUAACCAUGAGAGCUGAUGAUAAUAACACUUUAGAUCUUAAUAACUUACCUGAUGAUCCUUCUAGAGACAUUUUCCCUUUCUUUGAAGAAGGCUCCUCUUCCUCUUCCUCUUCUGGAGGGUUUAGAGAGAAGCAAACCAAAGACGGGAAAGAGUAUGAAUGUAGAUUUUGUUCACUAAAGUUCUUCAAAUCUCAAGCUCUAGGUGGCCACAUGAACCGCCACCGUCAAGGCAAGAUCCCUCUAUUCUCUAUAUUAUGUAUAUACACAUAAAUUUUGUAGUUUAUUGAUUUGGGUUUAAUGGUGAAUUUAGAAAGAGAGACGGAGUCACUAAACAAAGCUCGUGAACUUGUUCUUCGCAACGAUAGCUUUCCUCCUCAUCAAGGACUUCCAUCGUUUAGUUAUCAUCAAGGAGAUGUGCAUAUAGGAGACCUAACAUCAUUCAAACCAAUGAUGUAUCCACCAAGACUUUUCUCUAGCUCCUUCUCCGCCUCUUCCUCCGCCCUCCAGCUGCAGCCACCAUUUCUUUAUCCUCCUCCGUCACCACCGUUUCCUCACCAUCACACCAACGAUUACUAUCUAGGCAACAACGGUUCACAUCACCAAAUCCUAACCAAUAGCGUUUGCGGUGCUCGUGCACUAGCUGACUCGAGUUACACUUUCAUCGGAGCACCAGUGGCUAAUGGUUCUAGAGUUGCUCCUCUACCUUUACCUCCACAUCAUGGGCUAUAAUAAUAAAAAAAUGGAAAAUGUAUUUCUUUUUUGGAUUUUUCUUUUCAAAUUUGGAUUUUUAUUAAAUGUUAGACUUUAAUAUAUCCAUCAAGUGUCUAAAUUUUAUAGAUAGUUUUGUGGGAAUAUUGAAAGAGACAUGACAAAGUAAUUGAAAACGACAAAAAGUGAAAUGCAAAUUGGAGAGGGCGUGUGUUGUUUGGGGCUAUGUAAGAAGAUUGUAUAUGUAUGUAGGAGCAGCUUUUAUCUAUUUUUAUUUUGUUUUUUUCUUAUCAUCUACUUUUUGUCUUGGAGCUGUUUUGUGAGACUAUACCUAGGGUGUUUUAUCGUUCUAUAUAUGUUUUUUUCCCUCCGGUGAAAAAAAUAGAACUGGAGUGACUAGAGAGAGGAAAGAUCAAGUCAGAUCUGGACAUUAACUAGUUGAAUUCUAACUAACUCGUCCACUAUUUGCUGUGGAGAUCAAUCUUUUAUAUUUUUUGAAACAAUUGUUUUUCUAUCGUCUUUAUAUUUGGAUUAUCUUUAUGUUAGCCAAUUCAUCGUUAGAUUAUACGUAGAGGUCUUGUGAAAAAGAAUAUGAAAUAAAUCGGUUUUUAUUUGGUGUACUCUAGGCACAAUAGUUCGUGUAAACAAGAAAAAAAAAACAUUCAAAUUACAUUGCAAAUCUAAGAAAAUCCAACACCUAAACUAAAA